UCGACUUCUAAAGGUCGCUUCCGAAUUAUAUUAAAGAAAAAGAAAGAAAAAAAGAGAAUAAGUUGUUGAAUGAGUCGUAGUUAAUCUUCGGUAGUGCAUGGUGGCCUAACCAUUAGCCCUAUAAGAAGGACCCCUUCGCUCUAUAUCAAACAGGAAUUGUAGAACAAGUUGAAUCCAAAGAGAGAGAGAGAGAGAGAGAGAGAGAGAGAGAGAGAGAGAGGACACUAAAACUAUGGAGCCUAAGAAAAACUGUGUUACCACCGGAGGAAUUGCUGUUUUGGGGGGACUGUUUCUGAUUCAACUCCUGACAUUGCAGCUCGCAUCCGCCUUAGCACAAACCAUUGCCUUGCCCAGGUGCCAGCCACGCUGCGGCGAUGUCGAGAUCCCGUAUCCGUUCGGCAUCGGCCGUAACUGCUCGAUGGAGGCCGGCUUCACACUGGACUGCAAGUUGAUCAGCAACGGCACCUACAAGCCCUUCCUGGACAUCUACGAGUUCUUGAGCAUUUCCUUAUCAUUGGGCCAGGCCCGCAUCGCCAACCUUGUGUUGAGCAUAUGCUACAACGCCACGGACUUCAGCGUGACAAGCGAAGAGAGCUGGACUAUCGACUUCACGGCGUUGCCGUACCGGUUCUCCAGUACCCUCAACAAGUUUACGACCGUCGGCUGCGAGACGCUGGCCUACAUCAGAAUGAACAAAACGGCGGACAGCUACGUCACCGGGUGCGUCUCCUUGUGUGGGGACAAGAAGAGCUUGAUCAACGGCUCGUGCUCGGGCAUCGGCUGUUGCCAGACGGCCAUCCCAAAGGGGAUCACCUACUAUGAUGUCUCGUUCGACUUAGGCUUCAACAGCUCCGACACGUACCAAUUCAGCCAGUGCGGCUACGCCGUGCUGGUGGAAGAAAGAGUUUUCAAAUUCAACACCUCCUGCAUCACGACGGGAGAGCUGCAGGGCAAAAAGCUGCCGGUGGUGCUCGACUGGGCUGUGAGAAACAAGACGUGCUGGGAGGCCCAGCAAGACCGGGCCUCCUACGCCUGCGUCAGCAACAACAGCGAGUGCGUCGACUCCCUCAACGACACCGGCUAUCUAUGCAAUUGCAAAGAGGGCUAUGAAGGCAAUCCUUAUCUAGCAAAUGGUUGCCGAGACAUUGAUGAGUGUGCAAAGUAAGAUCAAAUCAUGCCCUGGGCGUUGCA